CUAAUUUCUCUUCCAAUUUCCUGCAACUUUUCUCUCGAUUCUUGUAUCCAAUCGUUUAAUUGCUAAAACCCCAAUCAAUUUUGUCAUGAAUCAAGCCUAAUUUCAUCUCUCGCGGUUCCGAAUUGCUGCUUUGCUGGAAUAUGGGGGUUUUCUUGAUCAAUUCGUGGUAAGAUAGCUUCCCACGUAUUUUUAGUUUGAUUUUGAUCAUACACGUUGUUUUUAGGAUUCACAAAGUUGAAAUUCGCAUAAAAGUUUGAAUCUUUUGAGAUGGAUGGAAACAAAGAUGAUGCCCUGAGAUGCUUAAAAAUCGGCAAAGAUGCAUUAGGGUUGGGCGAUCGAGCUCGUGCCCUAAAAUUCAUAUCGAAAGCUCAUCGAUUAGAUCCUUCACUUCCCGUUGACGAUCUGUUAUCGAAGCUAGAAGGCGAUAAUACGGGCAACGAAUCGCCUUCCGCUUCGUCUUCAUCGAAGCCAUCGGAGACAGGUGCAGGGGACAGUUCCGGUAUACGGCAUAGGGUUCCGGCAACCGGAUCUUCAUCUGGUUCAGGAGUUUACACGGAGGAACAGGUGACAAUCGUGAGGGAAAUCAGAAGGAAAAAGGAUUACUACGAGAUAUUAGGUUUGGAAAAGGCAUGCAGUGUUGAGGAUGUUAGGAAAUCUUACCGGAAAUUGUCUUUAAGGGUUCACCCAGACAAGAACAAAGCUCCGGGAUCCGAAGAAGCAUUCAAGAAAGUAUCGAAAGCUUUCCAGUGUUUAAGUGUCGACGAGAAUCGAAAACAGUAUGAUCUUGUUGGGUCUGAUGAGCCGGUUUACGAAAGGAGGACGGCUAGCCGUGGUGCACACCACCAUGGGUUCAGUAAUGGGUUCUAUUAUGAUGGUGAUGUUGAUGCUGACGAGAUCUUUAGGAACUUCUUUUUUGGUGGAAUGAACCCGGCUGCGACCACCCAGUUCACUGGUUUUCGUUUUGGACCAGGCAUGGGUGCACCGGCUGGUAACGGCUCAGCAGGGAUAAGGACUUUGAUCCAGUUGUUGCCUGUGCUUUUGAUUCUGUUGUUGAACUUUUUGCCAUCAAAUGAGCCAAUUUAUUCGCUUUCUAGGAGUUAUGGAUACGAGCACCGUUUGAGUACGCAAAAAGGUAUUGUUUUCUUUGUGAAAUCUGCCAACUUUGAGCAGGAUUAUCCAUUAAAUAGCCCAGAAAGAUCACAACUUGAAGAAAAGAUCGAACAUGAGUACGUUUCGAUUCUUUCUCACAAUUGUCGGCUUGAGAUGCAACGGAUACACUGGGGAUAUCAGCAAGAAACACCAAAUUGUGAUAUGUUGAAGCAAUUCAAAGCCCUUACUUGAUUGAUGCCUUCAUCAAAGAUUGUUUUGAUGACAAUUUCAUGUUGGAGGUCUGAGGUUGGGCUGAAUGAGAUGUGGGAUUGUGGAGUUUUUCUAGGAAAGUUUGCUGCUUUUUGCACCCAAGUUAUACUCCAAGAUCAUCUAGUUUUUUCUAGCUGAAUCUUUUGGUUUUUUUUUGUGCCUUUUUUGACAGUGAAAACUAUGUUUUAGGAUUCUUACGAGUUCUAUGUGAUUUAAUACUGGUGUUUAUAUUCCAUAAAAGUCUUCUUUAC